AGAGGUAGUGUGUGUGUGUGUGUGUGUGUGGAAUGUAAGUGUUUUAUGUUGCAGUGAAAAGUGCAGCCACAGUGAUUAAUUAAGUGUUAAUGGCCCUGAAGUCCAUCAUCCAAGUAUUCAAUUUAAGUCUUGAGUCUCCAUGCCAAGUCUUAAUUCAAAGUGUUCUUCGUUUUAGUUUGAAGUCUGAAAUGUUUAUUUUUUUUCCUUAUGUGAUGACAUGUAACACAAUGGCCAAUGAAAAAAUAAGGUGGAGCUUUAUGUGAUGGACACAGCCCGGGCCAACAGAAAUAUAUUCGAGUGCAAGAAUGAUCAAAAUAAUUCAUCAAAUGAUUAAGUUGUCCAGUAAUUAGUGCUGUCACCGAAGCCUGUGGUGACUGUGGUAAAUGUGGUGCACUGUGGUACACUCACCAAAGUGUCUGUGGUUUCAUUUUCACCACCCCGAGUGACUGCUUCACACUGUGGGAUACAAAACUUCGCCCUCAAGUGACACAUUUGGGCUCAAAGUGCAGGGUUGAGAAGUACUGAAGUUGCUUGGAGUUGCCAUCAUUCUCCAGCACGAUGCGUCUAGGCAACACCCUGGUGUUGGUGAUGGUGUGGGCGGCAGCUUCGCCGAGUUCGCAGAUGUCCGUAAGGAGACAGCUGCCCCAGCUGCCAGACGGAGACGUCCCUCAACCCUCCACUCUUCCUAAGGGCCCUCCACCCUCCAUCAGCCUCCUCCACGAAGGUGCUACUACAGAAGGCACAGACGGAGAAAUCCUCGCAGCAACCUCCAAUGUAUCCCUCUCAGACGCCGGGAUAGAUCAUGUCUCCGAUCUCAGCUCACCUGAACCCCCGCAGCAGCCGAUGACUUCAAGUGACAUCCUCCAGGUGGACGCUGGAGGUGUGGAGCCUGAUGUCCAAGUCCCUUCAGGUUCGCCGGGUCAUGGCCUUCAUGUGACGUCAGGUGACCCCGGGGUCGACUUCCUGUUGGCCACCUUAGGCGAUUCCGUUAACGGCGAUCAGAGGAGUGUGAUGGCCCUGUUGCAGUCGUUAAUGGUGGACGGGGAGGAGGACACCAGGGCCAUGGACAUGGUCCGCAAAACUCACGGAGGCCGGAAGAAAGUCGGGCCACAGGGCCACCCUGAGGGCCAGCAGCUACAGGCCCACACGGGUGAGGAACGCCUCGGCGAGGGCCACUCGGAGGACCUGGACCAGCUGGGCGAGGCGGGGCAGGAGUCGCUGCAGCAGCAGAUGGCUGAGUUUACCCUGGAGCCGCACUUAGGCCCGGCGAUCCUGCCCUUCGAGGUUCCCGACGGCUACUUCGUGCCCUUCCUGCCCCGUCGUGCCUUCGGCGUGAUUAACGGGGCAUCGCGACCCGCUCAUGGUCAUGGGUCUUUCUACAUUCACCGACCCCCUGGGCUCGUUGAUGUCCCCAACUCCCCCGCCUACGGGUUCCUCUUCAGCGGCUACAGGAGGUUCGAUCCUGAGGCUCUACAGGUCCCGAAGGAGUGAAAGAAAAGUCAUCCUCCUCAUUGCAGAAGUUUCCAGCUCCUUAAUUUCCUCUCUUUCCCAUCGCCAGUAAUCUGCGACAAGUUCGACGAGAUCGUCUUAAUUUGCACAUUGGAUUUCCACGGCUUUUCUCCCCGCGUUUGUAUUAUAGUCUCCCCUGAUCCCACUCGUCUCUCGUAGAUCACGUUUUCUAUGAACACUUGAUAUUUUUUUUAAGAUUUUUGACUGCAUUAUUUGUGAUCGUAAUUGAAAUGCUCCAGACUCACCUUCAAAGCAGCUAUUGUAUUAAAAAAAAUACGGGAAAGUCCUCCGGCAUUCAAGUCCUCCCUUCACCCUUAUACAAGUUGAUUUCUCUAACUUGCAUUUGUUCUCCAGUGUUCAGUCAUUAUAUUUUUAAAGUUGCAUUUCCUUGCUUGUCUUCCACAGUUCACAGAUUUCACAUUUGAAUAACAAAAUAUCUUGCUUAUUUCCAAGCCCGUCCUCAGACCAAAGCCAUUACCACGAGAAAACACUCCAUUCCCUCAAACCACCUGCUUAGUUAUGUAGAUAUGUGUGAUGGUCUGAAAGUUUAUUACUGUUCCAAUAAUAGCCUACUUGUAAAUUGGCAAGUGAAUCCUUAACAGAGAUUAUUCUCAAGUUAUAACGUUUUUGUAUUACAAAUCGUUGGUUUGAAAAAUAAAAAGGAUAUGCUGAAAAUACUUUUUUUUUGAAGAAUUUGGUUUUCUGUACACGGAAUUCUCGGAUUCACUCAAAUAGUUUUCGAAUUUCAUAUUUCACAUUAUUGUCAAUAAUACACUGUAAUUUCAUAACCCAGUGUACGUUAUGUUUUCUUUUAAAUGAGCGAUAUAAUAGUUCGUUUAGUUGCGGGACAGGCAACCUGCGUAGGUAUGUGCGUUAGGCUUAUAUCGAGGUCCGCCCCCCCUCCCCAAAGGUUGAACUACUGACCCCCUCCCCAGCAGUCGACUAACUCAAAUGUACCUAUUUACUGCUAGCUGAACUGGGCAUAAGGAAACGUGCCCAGCCAUUUCUGCAGCCCGUCAUACCUAAGGUUUACCAACGUCAAGAAAACAAUCAAUGUAAUGUACCCUUAUCCUAACCUACCAGAGGACCCACAAAAGAUAACGGGACAGUAAGUCACUUUCGCCAUCCGCUUCCAUUUUGUAGUACGGCAAUGUUUGGCCUUAGGUAACGCAUACGAGCGAAAAGCGACGUUCUUUGUAGGAAAACAUUUUGAUAUCUUUCUCAUCCGAGAUUCGAACCCGGGAUUCCCUAUGGUGAGCAUUACUUCCUCCAUGAAUCAUACUUAUUUCCCUUAAACGACCCGUCUUCACAUUGAAACAAAAAAAAUCACGCAAAAUUUUCGCUAGGAAAUUUCUCCAUCAGUUUUGGAUCAUUAUCCCUUUUUUAAAACAACGUCUCUUAACUACCCCAGCUGAACGUUUUCUAUCUUCAAACAUAUGUUUACAAUCUCAAUCAGCAAAACGUUUUCUUUAACAAAUAGAUCGUUUUAUGUCCCCAUUCGCUUAUUGUUGUUUCUUCUUUCCAUAAAUUUUCCCACACCACUCGCGGCAUUAACAAAAUAUUUGUAAAAAAAUGUUAAAUGCAAUAAAAUAUUUUUCCAGUCUGUA